GUGGUUUGUUUGUUUAUCGGUGGCGCGUUCUGCUGCGUGGCGUUUCUCGUGUUGCGCUGUCGUCUUAACUUAUUGUAAGGCAGAAAAAAUAGGAUCAACGAUUAACAUUUAUGGGACAGCAUUUAACAAAAUCACAGAAACUCAUACUUUCUUUUGCUCGCCUACGAUGAAAGAUAUAUAUGAGGCAAAUACAAGCGACCUUACCAUAGAAUCGAUAGUUUUUUCACCAACAGAUAUCAAGUGUAAAUUAGUAGCUAUUAAAACGGACGACACGAACUAUGUAUUUGUACCUCUCAUACAGACAUUAGUUGAAUAAUUAAAUGUAAAAUUUGGAAUUAUCAAUUGUUAUAUUAUAAUAAAAAGUAAUACUGUAAUUGUUUUCGAAAAAAUAAAUAAUAAUCACAUAUAAUCUGGUGUAUAUUACAUUGUAUAUGCGGCUAUCAUUAUACUGAUGAACUUUCAAUAUUAAAUAUUUACUUUUAUCACAUACAUAAUUGACUUAGUUGUUUACGUGAUUGUUUCAGGUUUUAGUCAGUGUUUAAUUUAUCACAGCUUGUGUUACUUUCGUAUCACAUUUUUUGUCAUAAUUUUAUAUGACAGCAGUCUUUCACGUGGCCGGAUCGAACAACGUAUCCCAUUUGGAUCGUUUUGCUAUACGCAGGACGCAGCUACGAAUAACGUUAAGAUAGUCAGAAUUAAAUAUAUACACUACUUAAACCUAUGUUUGAUACGGUGGACGGAUGAAUGCUGCUUGCUGACGACUGCUCUUCGUGAAAUGUUGAUCCCGGUGAUGAUGAAACACACGGUUCCGGUGUCAUGCUUGGUGACGGCUGACGGAAUCCUUGAUGCACGACAGUCGUUUUUGCCGGUCGCGCAAAGUCAUGCGCGCAUGAACCAGCAGCUGAAGCAACAGACGAUUUCGGCGUCGCACUUGUGGUCGCUAGUGGAACAACACGCACGGAACUAGCAGGCACAAGAAUCAUCCCACGUAUCGCUUUCGUUGAGGGCUGCGAUCCUCGCUUUUGUUCCAUCGAUCCUGCCGGACGCGUAGCGAUAUCCACGGAACCAGCAUUGAGAGCAGUAGAAGAUUCCGACGUCGCAGACGAUCCUGCCGGCCGCGGAAUGACACGCAUGGAACCUGCAGCGGGAACAAAUGCCGGUACCGGCGUCGCACUAGUGGACGGCUGCGAUCCUCGUUUUUGUUCCACCGAUCCUGCCGGUCGCGUAGCGAUAUCCAUGGAACCAGCAUCGGGGGCAAGAGACGGUUCCGGCGUCGGUCUUGAUGACGUUCGCGGUCCAAAAACACGGACGAUCGCUCCUGUGGAGCAUAACACAGCCGAAGGCAGUUGUUGCAGUGCAAAAAGGCGCCCUUUCUUUGGUGGUUCCGACAUUAUAUUUUGGCUGAAAUAAUCAAUCGUUUUAUUAUUUUUUAUGUGAAACUGCUGAGUUGAACUUGAAUGCUGCUUUGCGCUUUAAAAUCUGAAUGUUUAUGUUUUCAGCUGCGAAUUUCAAUAAAGGGUAACAAUCACACGCACAAUGCCACAUUCAUGCUAGAUGACACGCACACACUGAAAGAAAUCGCGGCGAAACAGCCAAGGGGCGAAAUGGAAGAAAAGGGCGAAAAGCUGUCGAAAUUUGAAAAUCGUCAUAAAAUGCGUCUAAGUGAUGGCUUUUAUGACGGAUUUUUGCUUCGGGAUUUUUCCCCCAUUUCGCUCGAUUUCUACAUACCCCUGGCCCUCAGCCUGCUAGCCGGGCAGGCUCCAAAUGACAGAUGAAAAGACGUCUUUUCGUGGUCUUUUCACCCACGAAAAGACCACGAAAAGACGUCUUAAUAACACCUCAUCGGACCAACUGUCAUGGCGUGGUAAUGUAUACAUCUUGGUCUUAAUGUAUACAACUUGGUUGGUAAAGAAAAUAAAAACGUGCCGUUUUCAAGCAAGUAAAAACGAAAAAAAAUCUUGUUUUUUUCUUAUAGCUGUCAUUUAUUUAAAAUUCAUACUUAUUCAUUCAUAUGCCAUAGCUGUGUGUAGUACCCCCCCCUUUACCGGUGGCUAUCCUAUCUUUUUCUGUGUUAUCAAUUAUAUAGGGUUAUAAGUUGAUUUGAACUUGUGCUUACCGAGUUGCUUGUCCUCCAUCUGAUCCGUGUGAGCUAUUGCGGUUGUGUUGUGUCGAGACGUAAACAUCCAAUAAGAGAAACAACCAAGCAACAUGGAAAACACACCACGCAAGAUUGUGGUGCUCAAUAUGAGAGACGGAAAAUAUGUUUUAUCCGAGAAGCCGCAGCCUACAGCUUCCUCAUCACAACCAACACUACAUCCAGAUUUUAUAAAACAACUACCGACGGCAAAAAAUACAUCAAAGAACAUCCAACCUGCAACAAACAUCGUUCACCGCAGUGUUUCCGCAGCUUCCUCAUCACAACCAACACUACAUCCAGAUUUUAUAAAACAACUACCAACGGCAAAAAAUACAUCCAAGAACAUCCAACCUGCAACAAACAUCGUUCACCGCAAUGUUUCCGCAUCCAUUUCGGAUUCCAUUUUUUCCGCAUCCAACAAACCCAACAUUUCCAAACCCAUAAGCAGCAAUAGUCCCAUAAAUCUAGAGACAACAAAAUCCUCUAUAGACGCAGGAUUGCGCGAUCUUUUAGUUUCAAUUGGACAGAAAAUGGAUGACAUGACAAAAAAAAUUACAAAUUUGGACCAGAAACUUAAUGAAAUAGAAACUAACCACGCCAACAGGGUUCGAGUUGUUGAGAAAAAUCAAGCAAUUAUUAAAACUAAGCUGGACUUGAUCUUAGAUAAAAUCUCUCCUCGUCCAGGAUUGGUAACAAAUAGUUCAUUCAACUGGGAACCGAUCGCAUCCAAAGAAAUGUUGGAUGCAGUGGAUCAGCAGCUUAAUGAUCAGCAGUAUAAAAAAGAAUUUAAAGAAUAUCUGGAAUGCCAGCUGCCAACAGAUAGCUCGGAAGAAAGGCUUCAUUCAGCGAUGGACAUCAUAUUUGCCAAACAGUUUGUUAUAGAGAUGAGCUGGACGGGAAUUGGACAUCCGAACCAAAAAUUUCCGUUGUUUGGAUAUAAAAAUAUUCUUGCUUUAUUUAAGCACAUUGGAACCUUUCACGGAGUAACUCCAACUCCUCAAAAAAUUAAAACAUUCUUCCAAAAUAAAUUGAAGCAUGCCCGCCAAAGACUGAACCUAGAAGGUAAGAUUUAAUCCACGCACCACAGACAUCAACAUUCUCAUUAUUAGUGUUUUUUUGUUUUGUUAUAAAGUUCCUUCACUAACUAAGUGUCCUUAUUUUUUUAAAUACAUGUAAUAUGAUGUAAUUUGUAU